GCCACAGGGCGCGGGGCGAUGACGUCACCUGACAGCGACACUUCCGGCCCCGUUACCAUGGAGACACAGAGUGUACAACCGGCGGCCACGGGAGCAGAUAGUGACAAUGGCUGCUGCGGACAGUGCUGUACAGGUUUUUGUCCGGUUUCGACCGACCGCCAGCUUUGCUCAGGAUUUUAUUAAUCUGGGAGAAGACAACAAGACAAUCGAUAUUCACUUAAAGAAAGAUGAGAAGUUUGGUGUUGUCAAUAACAAGCGAUCUGAUUGGUCCUUUAAAGUCGAUGGAAUUCUUCAUGAUGUGACUCAGGAAAACGUUUAUAGUGUUGCGGCAAAGUCUGUUGUGUCCAAAGCUUUGGAUGGCUAUAAUGGUACAAUUAUGUGCUAUGGACAGACCGGAGCAGGAAAGACCUUCACGACGACUGGACCAAUGGAAAAGUACCAACAGCGGGGCAUUAUUCCCAGAGCCCUCCAGCAGGUUUUUAAAGAGAUCGAGGAGCGGACCGAUCAGUCAGUCAUCGUGCGGAUCUCAUAUCUGGAAAUCUACAACGAGGCCCUGUUUGACCUCUUGGCAACCUUGCCCGAUGUGCCAACGCCUGACACCCAGAUGAGCAUUGUGGAUGCUGCCCCGGGAGUACAUGUGAAGGGCUUGUCUAUGCAUCUUGCAGGCAAUGAGGAGCAAGCCUUAAAUCUACUGUUUGAGGGGGAGACAAAUCGGAUCAUAGGCUCCCACAUUCUGAAUAAACACUCUUCCAGAUCGCACUGCAUUUUUACCAUUCAUCUGGAGUCUCAUUCCAGGACGUUAUCUGAUGCAAAAUACACCAUGUCCAAAAUAAACCUAGUGGAUCUCGCAGGUUCCGAGAGACUGGGGAAAACCGGGUCUGAAGGGCAGGUUCUGAGAGAGGCCACGUACAUCAACAAGUCCCUGACUUUCCUGGAGCAGGCAAUCAUAGCUCUCACAGACCGCAAGCGUGAUCACAUCCCUUUCCGACAAAGCAAACUCACUCACGCCCUGAAGGAUUCACUGGGUGGAAACUGCAGCACAGUCCUGGUGGCAAAUGUGUAUGGUGAAGCUAUACAGAUUGAUGAGACGCUUUCCACCCUGCGAUUCGCCUGCAGAAUGAAAUGUAUCCCGGUCGAGUCGGUUGUUAUUGAGCACUAUGACCCGCUGAGAGUUGUAAAAAUUCUCCAGAAAGAGAUUGAGCAUCUGAAACGGGAGCUGGCCGUCCACGACACUUUGGCAAAUCGAUCACCGAUCACAUAUGAACCCUUCACUGAGAACCAGAUAACAGAGAUUAAUUCUCAGGUCCGCAGGUAUCUGAACGGGACUCUGGAUGAGAUUGAGAUCCUAAAUCUCCGGCAAAUCCAGGAAGUUUUUUCCCAGUUUAGACGUAUCUUGAGGCUUCAGGAACAGGAAGUGGAAACCAGACUGAAGCAAAAAUACAUCUUUAUUGACAAAACAGACAGUGCCGCCGUAUCUGCUGCACAAAAGACUGGCUUGUUAGAUGCAGAUGGGCAUCUGGUCGGUGAAGUGGAUGGGCAAAGUUUUGGCAUUGGAGUUGCUCCGUUCUCGCCCAAAACAAACACCUCUCUAUCUGGCCGGAAGGCCAAGCGCCGCAAGUCUAAGGAUGCCAGCUCCGUGAGCAGGAAAGAAGGGAUCAUAAGCCCAGGCAUCAGCCAAGAUCAAGAACUAGUCUCUGCAACAAAACUUGCACCUCUGACUGCAUCUAUGAAGGAGCUAGAGGGGAGGGAUGGGAUAGCCAGGGAGCAGGAUACCCGAGCAGCAGAUAACCCAUAUUCAGAGCAACCAGGAAAAGAAGAGAUCGGCAGACCCAGCACGCCUCCUGCUAAACCAGCCGCUUUCGAGGAAUUUAAAGCUGAGAAAGGAAGUGAACUGAACAAGAUUUUUAGAGAAAACAAAAGCAUCCUAUCAGACCGCAAAAAGAAACUAAAGGAGAUAACACAACGGAUAAACAUGAUCAAACAAGAGAUUGACGUGACCUCCCAGGAACUCAAUGUAAUGAAACUAGAGCGAGAGAAGGAAGGUGAAUAUAUCAGUGAUGAUGGGCAUGUUAUAAUUGAUGAGAAGGAGUUCAUGCUGAUUAUCCGGCUGAAGGACCUCAAGAAGCAAUACCGGGCAGACUACGAGGAGCUGCAGGACCUGAAGGCGGAAGUCCAGUACUGCCAGAAGCUGGUAGACCAGUGCCGGCAGAGACUCCUAACAGAGUUUGAGGCUUGGUACAAUGAAUCAUUCAUCAUCUCGGAGGACAUGCAGAACUCCAUGAAGGAGGUGGGAAGUAUCAGACCUGGCCUGAUUCCUGCUGACAAGCUGCUCUCACUGGGAGAAGAUGAGCAGGAAAAGUACGACAAGCUGCAGAAGGAACUUUUAAUGGAAGUUCCCGGUGCCCUUCCUUUUUAUAGCGCCAAGAACAGAUCCCAGCAAAAGCACUAUUACAGCAGAGCGGUCUCUCGCCUUCCUCCAGUCAAAAAGAAACCAGGUCUUCUAAACAGCACCAUGAAGAACAAAUCACCAUUCCUGACAAUGGCCAUGUAAGAGACCAGCAGAGUCACAAUACAUCCCCGCCAAUUUAUUACGUGGACUCCAUUAAACCUCAUGAAAGUAUUAUUCUUGCUGGUUAUAUAUUGCACCCAACAAAUGGUAUUUUUCUAUUCUGUCAGUAUAAAAUAUAAUAAAGUGCCAUUUGUAUGUAUUCCGAA